AUGUUUGAACUGUUGGAUAAAAGAUACUUGAAUCCAGAACCUCGAACAUUACUGGCUAAGGUGAAUCGGCAGAUGGCUCCACAAUUUGAAAAGCUCAACAAAUCUUUGAUUGAAUUGUUGGAGACUCUUGCUGCAAAAAUACAUGGCAUGAUCUGUGAAUUCUUUUGCGUAAUAGUUAGUUCAGGGAAAGGUACUUCCAAGAACAAAGAAAUAGACGAGCUGGUUCACGAAGAAGCUGUGCUCGAAAACCUGAUGGAUUUGUUGUUAACGAAGAAGCUGUGCUCGAUUAGCUUCUCUUUCCCAAAUUGCGAAAAACCUGAUGGAUUGUUGUUAACUUAUCAGAAUUAUUAUUAUAUUAUUGUAAUAUUAGCUACAAAAGAAAAUGUAUANUAA